UCUCUCUUUCCUUCUGUUCCUCUCUCUCUUUCUCUCUUCGACGACGUCGGCGAGAGAGAUAGGAGGAGCCUAGGGUUUCGCCGACCACCACCGCGCGCCAUGGCCGAGACCUCCCAGUACCAGAUCCUGGUGCGGCUCCUUGACGGCCGCACCCGCUGCCUCCGCUUCUCAACGCCCACCUUGUCCGGCGGGGCGCUCCUCGACGCCGUCUCCGCGCUAUCCCGCGUCCCGGCCGCCUCCCUCCGCCUCGUCACCGGCCGCCUCGACAUCUCGCCCUCCUCCGUCCUCGCCUCCUUCUCCGACGGCCAAUUCCCCACCGCGCACGCGCUCCUCCGCCUUCGUGGCGGCAAGGGCGGGUUCGGCUCCCUCCUCCGUGGAGCCGCCUCCAAGGCCGGCCAGAAGAAGACCAGCAACUUCGAUGCCUGCCGCGACAUAAACGGCCGCCGCCUCCGCCACGUCAACGCCGAGCGCCGCCUCGAGGAGUGGAAAGCUGAGUCCGCGGAUCGCCAGCUCGAGAAGCUCGCCGAGAAAUUCAUCAAGAAGAAGGCCAAAGAGGCAGGCCGUGGCGGCGUCCGGGCUGCCGAGGUCGACAAGUACCUUGAGAAGUUCCGCAAGGAUGCCGAGAUCUGCGUCAACGCGGUUGAGGAGUCGGUACGUGCCUCUCUUGGGAAGAGGAAGGCUGCCCCCAAGCCACGUGACCGUAAGAAGCUUAAGAUUUGGAUGGGCAAGAAGAAGGUAGAAGACGAUGAUAGUGACAGUGACUGUGAUGUGGAUGAUGAUGUGCAUCCAGAUGCAAAACCAAUAGCUCUUGAUGAUGGGAAUUGCUCAAAUGGAUCCAACAAAAGUGAGGAGGAGAAGGUUGAUCUGGGUUCAGUUUCUGCAUCACAUUCGGAAGGAGAGUACUCAGGUGAGAAGUCCCAGAGCAGUGGUUCCGGGGAAAAUGAGAACUGUCCUCAUGAAUCCAUGGAAUUGACAAUUAGAUCAGGAUGUGAUUUUGAGUCAGCGAGUAGUUUGGAAUAUCAGGCGGAAGUGGUGGUUCAGCCUGCUACUGAGAGUACUUCUGAAAAUGGAACUUCUGAGAAUGGUAUUAGUGCUCUUUCAGAAGAAGUUCUGAAAACAGAGGGGAAAGCUGAUGUGGAUAACACUGGUUCAGCUACAUCACUUCUUGAUGAGCCUGAGGUGCCUCCGGUAGAAGAAUCUGUUGAUGGAAAUAAUAAGUCUCUUCUUUCAGAGAAACCGGUCGACUUGACCGAAUUUACGUCAGCUGCAGAACUGGAGGUGCUUGGCAUGGAGAAGCUUAAGCUAGAGCUGCAGACUCGUGGAUUAAAAUGUGGUGGAACCUUACAAGAGCGUGCGGCCAGACUUUUUCUUUUGAAAACAACCCCACUGGAGAAGCUACCAAAGAAGCUGCUCGCGAAGCCCAACACCGGAGGGAAGUGAGAUGUCAUAGUAACAAAUAAAAUACACUAUGACUAAGAACAAAAUACAAUGUCAAGUUGUUUUGUGAUGCUGUGCUUGUUGUAAUGUGAUCGUAAAUCUUUUAACUUGGCAUUGGAAAUUGAUGAUAUUUGUGUAUGUAUUAUGUUCUUUGCAGUUACUCGAUCUUUGCUUA